CGUGACUAAAUUGCUGGCGGAUGAACUGAAUUUUCUAAAAACUUGCAUAUUUUAAUCUUUCACUAAUUAGGGCAGUCUGGGGGAGAUUAGUGAAGUUAGCACGCGUAAUCCCUGACACUAAUCAUGCUUGUUUGACUUUUUAUGACAGUUUUACGGGAAACCGAGCUGAAGAUAUAAACAAAUUGCGUGCAGUGGCGCCAUUUUUUACUUUUACGAAUUAUUGACAUUUUACGAGUUUGAUUUCUGUAAGUCAGGGGCAGUUUGUGAGAUAUUUCAUUUCAGUUUACGUUUCAAAAGUUGAUUUUUAUAAAGAUUUGCUAUUGGUUUAAUUAAUUUUUUAAAAAGAAAGUUUCCUUUGAAAAUGAACACUGAGGAUAUCAAACCGAACAUUUGGCUUGAUCUGCAGAACAAUGUGAUAACUGCAGCUGGGCAAGCUUCCACACCAACCACAUGUAAUGCAGAACUCACAAAUUUCUAUUCAGACAUUGGCCUGGAAACGAUGGCUCGAGAUGCGGGGGUCAUUGAAGUUGAGGUGGCCACUCAAGCAGAAGUUCCCCAGACACAGUUACCUCAACAAAAAAAUAAAACUUACAAGAUCAUAGCAGUGCAAGUACCAUCAAAGAACCAGGGUCAGACCUACCAGGUAACCCACGCAAAUCACCCAAUGCCACAAAUACUACUUGCCCCAGCACAUCUUCAGCAGCCCCACAUCGAGAUAAAGAGUGAGCCCAUCAGCACAUAUCCACCACAACAACACCACCACCAACUGCAGCAUCAGCUGCACCACCACCAGCAGCAACAGUUUCAAAUUAUAUCUCCUAGGACAGCUACGACGACAACGGCGACAAACAGCUGGCUACUUCAUAAUGCUGCCUCUGCUAAUAAUAAGAGAAGGAAUCUGAACGAUUCUGUAGAAUCUUUUCUUCCUGAAAGUGGUAGAAGGCGGAAAGGUAGUAACAGUGGGAAGGGCCUUCGACACUUUUCUAUGAAAGUCUGUGAGAAGGUGCAGAGGAAACAAAUAACCUCUUAUAACGAGGUGGCUGAUGAACUCGUCAGUGAAAUUUCUGAUGAAACUGGAGAAGGAGAGAUCAGUCAGAUGGACCAAUCAUUUGACCAGAAGAAUAUCAGAAGGAGGGUAUACGACGCGCUGAAUGUCUUGAUGGCUAUGAACAUCAUCUCAAAGGAGAAGAAGGAAAUCAAAUGGAUUGGCUUGCCCACUAACACCGAUCAGGAGUAUCAGAUGCUCGAGCAACAAGAGAUGGAGAUAAUGAAACGAGUUCAGGAUAAAAAAAAACAGCUAUCUGAACUCAUAAUACAGCAAGUAGCAUUUAAGAACCUGGUAGAACGAAAUAGGCAAUUAGAGGAGAAGAAUGAAGCUCCUCCCCCAAAUUCAACCAUCCAAUUACCUUUCAUCUUGGUCACUACAUCCAAAGAUACCGUAAUUGAGUGUAAUAUAUCGAGUGAUAAAUCUGAAUACUCCUUCAAAUUCGACCGAGUCUUCUCAAUUCACGACGACAUUGAUGUACUUAAAGCAAUGGGUAUGGCUUUCAACUUAGAUAAAGGUCACUGCUUGAAAGAAGACUUUGAGAAGGUUCUCAAAAUGAUACCUAAUGCUCUGCACCCAUUUGUAUACGAGAUGGCAAAUAGGAAGAAUUACAUCAAAGUGGAGCCGGAGAGCACGCCACAAUCCGGGGCUGCAAAGAAUAGCAGUAAUGUCGGUAGCAAGAAGAUCAUAGAAUCGACAGUCUAUACCGAGUAUACUAGUGAAAGUCUCGAUAAUUUAUCCUGGCCGGUCACUUACGGAACCGGUACCGAUGUCUCCAGCUGUGCCUCCAGAUCAGACCAACCAUCUCCCAUUUGUUCGGAUUCUGAUUGAUUGGUUCAUCCAUUGAUUGAUUGGUUCAUUCAUUCAUUCAUUGGUUGACUGGUUGGUUGGUUGAUUCAUUGAUUGAUUGGUUUGCUGGUUGGUUGGUUGGUUGAUCCAUUGAUUGAUUGAUUGGCUGGCUGGUUGGUUGAUGGUUGAUCGCAAAUUGUAACGAAAAAAAGUGAAUCAUUGUGCAUUUUUUAAAACAUGUACAUUAUUUUUCUACACUGUCCAUUGUUGCUCUUCAAACAUAAUACAAUAAACCAAAUGUUUUGUUAUUUCAA